CUUCCGGGUCUGUUCUGAGCUGCUAUUGGCUAAGAAGUAACUUCCGCCUCCACACAGCGUUGACGCGCGGAAAUUAAGCAUGGCUGAAGUGGCAAGUGACAGUGACAGUGACAGUGACGUUGAGUUUAUGGCACAGAGCCACCCAAAUCCACCUCCCAAACGAAGGCGUGUCCUUGACCCUUCAGCCAUCACAGCUGUGGCCAUGUACCCCAAUAUGGUCACCCGCAGCCUAAAGCGGAAACCACCUCUCUACAAACAAGUGCACUGCACAGAGGUCAAUGAAGAAGAAGCCAGGCUGUGGCCUCCAUCUCCACCCAAGAGUAAGAACAAGCCAAUCAACAUAAGCCUGAGUGACUCUGAGGAGGAGCCAGCACCUGAUAAACCUCAAGAAACCAACCAGAAACUGGCUGCAAUUAGCUCGCUCGUGUGUUUAACACCCGAAAGACUUGAAGAUAUCCCAAACUUCAGUGACUAUCCCUCCCAAAGAAACGACUGCUAUGAUGAUGAUGACAUUAUAGUCGUUUCCUCUGAGGAUAAACAGAAAAGCUGUCCAGCCAAACCUAAGCCCAGAGAACGUGGCCGAAAAAUCUCACUGAAAUUUUGCUGGAAAAUGGACGUGCACAAAAUCCCAGUGCUUUCAACAGAUCCUCUGAGCAAGGCUGUAGCUCAGUUAGCUGUCAAGCUUAAAGUCCCGCCCUCUAAAAUACUGCUAAUGAGGAAUGAUGAUGAGCUUCCUGUGCACUCCACCAUCAUGCAGUUAGAUCUGGGCACUGCAGAUAUCAUAGACUGUCUUGUGAUAACCGAAGACAAAGAAGAUGAAAGCAGCUGUGAUGUCAUCACUCUGCGACUGAGGGGCAAAGAAAAAGGAUCUGCACAGGAAUAUUCCUUACAUAAGGAUGAUCCUCUGGGUUCCAUCCUGUCACAGUACACUUCAGGUCUGUCUGCCGCUGCUAAGCGCAAGGUCAAAUUCCUCUUCGAUGGGUUAAAGGUGAAGCACAAUCAGACACCUUCACAGCUGGAUAUGGAGGACGGUGAUAUCAUUGAAGUGUGGGCCUGAUUUCUAUAACAGUGAUGUGUCAUAACAUCCCCAUUUGCUUUUUUUUUUCUUGAGGUUUACAUUUGAGUGUAUUUAUAAUUUUUUUCUAAUAUAAAAAUGUACAUAUGUCUACAUCUAUAUCAUGUGUACAGUUUUUUUUAUUUUAUUUUUAUAUUACAUGUAUAACAAUAAUAAAAGACUUGCUGUUAUCCAGGGUCA